UAUUAUUAACUCGGAAAAAUUAUUCGAACCAUUGUUGAACGAAUUUUACACGACCUCGGGAUUGAAAUAGAGAUUUUUAAAGUAGAUAAAUAAAAAUAAUAUGAUUUAAGCACAAUAAUGCAUUUUAUCAUUUUUGAGUUAAAUUAUAUUUUUUUACCGUAGUAACAUACAUUUAACCAUAUAAUUACCGGAUAUUAAAAUUACAAGGUCUAAAUAGAUAAGGUAACAUAGGAAAAAUGUGUAAAAAUAGGCGUCGUAAAGGUAUAUAAGACACAGUGCUUAGUUUUACCUACUAACCAGUAUCUAAAAAGUAUCAAAUAUAUAUAACUCAAAUACUCGUACAAUCAAAAUUUAUUAUAACACUAUAAAUUUAUUUGUUUGGUGUACCAGAUUUAUUACAACCGAAGUCAACAUGAUAAUCAAAAAGACAUUGUUGGUAUCAGUUUUUGUUCUUUUCGGUUGUUUGUUCUCAAUCAAUAAGGCUGCUGAUGAUGCAGAUGCAGGGGAUAAGGAAUUAAUGUCAAAAUUAUUCACUGUGGUUUUAAAAUGCUUUAAGGAUGCCGAUUGGGGCACGUGCGGUGAAAUGAUAACAACUAAAUAUGAUAUUACUCAAGCUAAAUAUAAACAAUGUACAUGUCACAUGGCGUGUGCCGGGGAAGAACUUGGAAUGAUAAAUACUUCGGGGCAACCAGAACCUGCGAAGUUCCUCGAAUACGUGAACAAAAUCAAUAAUCCAAGCAUUAAGAGUCAAUUGCAACUUAUUUACGACAAAUGCCAAAAUGUCAAAGGGUCGGAGAAAUGCGAUCUCGCAGAACAAUUUGCUAUAUGUGCUUUUAAGGAAUCGCCAGCACUGAAAGAACGCGUUGCUACGUUGAUGGAAAUGUUGGUGAAGAUGAAACCAAAAUCGAAAUAAAUCUCUUCAGUCAACACAUACACAGUUGCGUACCUUUUCAUAUCUGUUUUUCUUAAUAAUAUUGUAUUUGUAGGUACUGUUUUUACCUACAAGACCAAUAAUAAUUAUAUUAUAUUUACCUAUGUGAUUAAAAUAAACAUGCAAUUUCAAUAAAUUA